AUGAAGAAAGCGAGUGUGCUGACCAGUGACCACUGUAGGCGCUUUGCCUUAAGCGAUACUGGUGAUAAGGAUUUUCAAAAACAGUGUUCACAUUCAUCACAUCAUAUAUCUUGCGAGCGAUUUAACGAACUAAGAUUGGUAGUAGAUGAAAUAGAAGCCUGCAUAAAGAAUCAUUCCAGUAAUCUUUAUAGCGAAGAACAACGAGAUGAUCUACUCUAUGACUUCAACACGUCUAAGACCAAAAUCUUUGCUUGGAAGUGCCAUAUUAUGCGAGGCGUAAACCAGGAACAAGCAAAACAAGAUGCAAUACGUAAUUUGUCAGACAACUCUGCCCGCAUUAUAAUUGACUGGGCGAUGAAGUUCAAUCAAAUAAGGUACAGAGAAAAACAGAAAGAGUCAAGAGUGGUAUGGAAAACGCGGGCUCAGCUGGCAUAUUAG